AUGAAAAAAUUCAAGAGACGGCUAUCCCUCACUCUUCGAGGAAGCCAAACUAUUGAUGAAUCAUUGUCUGAAUUGGCGGAACAAAUGACUAUUGAAGAAAAUAGCAGCAAGGAUAAUGAGCCUAUUGUGAAGAAUGGCAGGCCUCCAACCUCUCACAGUAUGCAUUCCUUCCUCCACCAGUACACAGGAUCCUUCAAGAAGCCCCCGUUGCGGAGACCACAUAGUGUUAUUGGAGGAAGCCUUGGAUCCUUCAUGGCAAUGCCCAGAAAUGGAAGCCGACUAGAUAUUGUUCAUGAAAAUCUAAAAAUGGGAUCAGAUGGUGAGAGUGACCAAGCUUCUGGGACAUCAUCUGAUGAAGUACAGUCACCUACGGGUGUUUGUCUUAGAAAUCGUAUACAUAGACGGAUCUCAAUGGAGGAUUUAAAUAAACGGUUAUCAUUGCCUGCAGAUAUCAGAAUACCUGAUGGGUAUCUUGAAAAGUUGCAGAUAAACAGUCCACCAUUUGAUCAACCAAUGAGCCGAAGGUCUCGUAGAGCUUCUUUAUCAGAAAUUGGGUUUGGAAAAAUGGAAACCUAUAUCAAAUUGGAAAAACUUGGAGAGGGUACAUAUGCAACAGUAUAUAAAGGAAGAAGUAAAUUGACAGAGAAUUUGGUGGCGUUAAAAGAGAUCCGGUUGGAACAUGAAGAAGGUGCACCCUGCACAGCUAUAAGAGAAGUUUCACUAUUAAAGGAUCUAAAACAUGCAAAUAUAGUAACCUUACAUGACAUUGUUCACACAGAUAAAUCUUUGACUCUGGUAUUUGAAUAUCUGGAUAAAGAUCUAAAACAGUACAUGGAUGACUGUGGAAACAUCAUGAGUAUGCACAAUGUAAAGCUGUUUUUGUACCAAAUUCUACGUGGUUUGGCAUAUUGCCACAGAAGAAAGGUAUUGCACCGAGACUUGAAACCACAGAACCUACUCAUUAAUGAAAAAGGAGAAUUAAAGCUAGCAGAUUUUGGGCUAGCCAGAGCCAAGUCAGUUCCCACAAAGACCUACUCAAAUGAAGUCGUCACACUGUGGUACCGGCCGCCUGAUGUGCUUCUUGGUUCCUCAGAGUACUCAACACAGAUUGACAUGUGGGGUGUUGGUUGCAUUUUCUUUGAAAUGGCUUCUGGAAGACCUCUAUUUCCAGGAUCAACUGUGGAAGAUGAACUGCACUUAAUUUUCCGACUGCUAGAAAAAUCAAAGAGUACACCCAGGUUAGACUCUGAAGGAAUCGAGUUGAUAACAAAAUUUCUUCAGUACGAAUCUAAGAAACGGGUUUCAGCAGAAGAGGCCAUGAAGCAUGUGUACUUUCGAAGUCUGGGACCAAGAAUACAUACUUUACCUGAAAGUGUAUCAAUAUUCAGUUUGAAAGAGAUUCAGUUGCAAAAGGACCCGGGUUUUCGAAAUUCUUCUUAUCCAGAGACAGGACAUGGGAAGAACAGAAGACAGAGCAUGCUCUUUUAAGUCUGAUAACAUGGUUUCAAGCCCAGCCCCCAGCCUUUCUUAUCAAUCAAGGACUCAGAUCUGAAGGCAAUUAUUUCUUUUGGUGGACUUGGAAUCUCCGUUUGUCUACACUGUCCUCUUCACAGUGGAGUCUUUUUAUUUCAGACCUACAGAUUGUUUUUAUAUUUGUUGUCACAGUGUGACAAUUUUUUUGUACAGUUGGUUUUAAGGUCUUCUCUGCCAUUAGAGCCAGUAGGUUACAGCUAUUGAUGUAACUGUAGCUGCAAUUUUUGUGCAGGACUGAGAAACACAGUGCAUUAUUUAUUGCGGAAUCAUUGCUGCUAAAUAACUACUGUCUGUUUAUUUAACACAACAGUUAAAUGCCUGAAGAAGUUGCAGUGGCUUUAUUAGAUGUGAAUG